GUUUUGAAACAGAAGUUAACCCGACCCGCUUUAACUGUCGGGUGAAAUGGAUGUACUAUGUCACUAUGGAUUGCCGUUAGUGCCUGCCAUCGAUUCACCAACAACUUUUCAGAUUCAUGCCUUCUCUUUUUCUCACUGGUUGAUAUGCUUCUGAUAACUAAUUUCAGCAUGUACCCGAAGACUGGGAUGAUUGGAGUUUCACACACGAAUUCGACGCAUUUCAAAUCCACUCAAUUUCCUGCAUAUACUACUAGUUUUGAUAAUGUCAUGCCUCCUGCAUACACUAACAUAAAUAAUGUUAUGGGAAGAAGAUUUGUACAUAAGACGUCAUCUGGAGUUCUCUUUGAAAGGGGAAGCAAUGCUGUCACUAAUGGGCAACUACAAAACUUACCAUCAUCUUCAUCCUAUGAAGCUGCCAUGGAGAAACUUUCAUCUCUUAUUACUCGCCAAAGGCGCGGUGAGAAGCCACCCCUUCCUGAUAAAUUAAAAAGGAUGUCAAUGUAUCUCAAGAUCUUGGGCUUGGAAGAAGAUAUAAAUAAACUCAAAAUUAUUCACGUGGCAGGCACAAAGGGAAAGGGUUCAACAUGCAUAUUCUGUGAGGCAAUAUUAAGGGAAUGCGGCUUUCGCACUGGAGUUUUCAUAUCCCCUCACCUAAUUGAUGUGCGUGAACGGUUUCGUAUAGAUGGGAUUGACAUAUCAGAAGAUAAGUUUUUAGAGUGUUUCUGGGAUUGUUGGAACCAAUUGGAGGAAAAAGCAACAGAGCAGCUUCCAAUGCCCCCACUGUUUCAGUUUCUUACUAUACUGUCUUUCAAAAUAUUUACAUCUGAACAGGUUGAUGCUGCCAUUAUAGAAGUUGGUCUUGGAGGAACAGAUGACUCAACCAAUGUGAUUAAAGAACCAAUUGUGUGCGGCAUUACUUCAUUGGGAAUGGAUCAUACUGAGAUUUUAGGAGAUACUCUCGGACAGAUAGCUUCACACAAGGCAGGAAUUUUUAAGCCUAAAGUUCCUGCCUUCACAGUACCCCAACCUCCUGAAGCAAUGGAUGUUAUCCUUGAGAGGGCCAAAGAACUCAUGGUUCCACUUGAAGUUACUGAGCCUUUAGAUUGUAAACAAAUGAAGGGAUUAAAGCUUCGGUUAUCUGGUGAUCACCAAUUCGAUAAUGCUGCUCUUGCAGUCUCACUUUCUAGAUGCUGGCUUCAGAGAACAGGAAAUUGGGAAAAAGUGUGUCAAAAUGAUUUUCAGGAUUCUAAUUUGCCAGAUGAAUUUAUUAAAGGCCUUUCAAGUGCCCAUUUUUCUGGGAGGGCUCAAAUAGUUUGUGACUCUUCUCUAUAUUCUGACUGCUCUGAAAUCACGUCUGAAAAUUGUGGAGAGUUGAUAUUUUAUUUGGAUGGAGCUCAUAGUCCAGAGAGCAUGGAUGCUUGUGCAAAGUGGUUCUCCAAUGCCGUAAAGGGAUAUAAAAAUCCAUCACAUUUGUCUACUAGUGAGGAACCAUCAGAAAACGGUCACUUUCUACAUGAAAGCAAGGACUUAGGGCAUUUUGAGAAUUCUUCUAGGCAGAUUCUUCUAUUCAAUUGCUUAGAUGUGAGAAAUCCUAACAUUUUGCUUCCACGGCUAGUUAAUGGAUGUGCUUCGUCAGGUAUUCAUUUCUCAAGAGCACUUUUUGUUCCGAGUAUGUCAAAGUAUACCAAGGUUACUUCUGGUGCAUCAUUUAUUCCUUAUGAUCUCAGUGGGAUAGACCUAUCAUGGCAAUUUAAUCUACAAAGAAUAUGGGAGAAGAUUGUGCAUGGGAAGGAAAUGACCACUUUGCUUGAAAAGGAUUUCAAGAUAGAGAGCAAGCUGAUGUUACCACCUAAUGAAUUUCUUUAUGGUAAUGCUUCAAAGGGAUGUCCUUCCCAUAACUAUUCUCCAAGCAGUGCAGUAAUUCCUUCAUUGCCAUUGACAAUAAAAUGGUUGAGGGACUGCGUCAAAGAACACCCAGCAACAAGACUUCAGGUUCUUGUCACUGGAUCUCUGCAUUUGGUCGGAGAUGUACUAAAGCUCUUAAAAAGAUGAUUCAAAUCGAAGUCGGCCUGUAUUGGCAUUGGAAACUUCUAUUGCAGCAAAAGUUGCCAUUAUUUUAAUCGCUUCAGAGAUGAGACGCUGAUUUCAUGUGAGACUUCUGAAGGGAGUGCAAAUAUUUCUUUCUGUUUGAACUUGAUCAGUUAAAUUUUGCCAACUCGACGGGCAUUGUUAAACUUAAGAAAGUUCGGUACAGUAUAUGAUAGUCCACGGAGGUACUCUGGUAGGACAACAAUGCCAUAAGCCUAUAAUGGUCCUUCCUAGUUUUGUUGUUGUUGAUGGAGUCGCAAAAUUCACACUGUACAACUAUCAUUUGAGUUGUACUUGCACUUUUUAAUAUUUCUAUCACUAUGCAAUGUGAUGCAUGCAUAUAUUAUUUUUUCUAGUAUACCCACGUAUAUGAUUCAUUUGAGAUUUUUUAUAGACCUCUUUCAAAUUUGUAAUUGCAUUAUUUAUUUCUUUGUAAGUAUUUAAAAUUGUUUUUAUAAUUAAUAAGUAAUAAACCAAUCUUAUAGAAAGUAAAUUUAAAAUGUGUUAGGACUCGUUCAUAAGGCCCAAGACGAAACCUAAGAUGAAAGGCCCAAUGAUAUGAUGCAGGCAAUAAAGGUUGCAGAACAAGUAUAUCCUUUCUUUCUUGGAAGCAGACAAUUCCGUCUAUUAAAUCUUUGAUGGUCGUCUAGAUUAAUCUGAUGGUUGAUUGUGAUCUACGCCUCACUCCACGUUUUUUGUUGUUAAACUGCGUCUCCUAUUUAAGAGGAAAGAUGCAUUAUUUCUUAGGUAUUCAAAUCUAUUCUCAUUCUCACAUCACUUUUCACUCUCAGAUUGACUUGAGUGUUGGAGUGUUAACCUUGUAGGUCAACCCCUCUCCACUACACCAAAAGCAUAUGUCCAUCGUAACAAGCCCUGCUUCUUCGUUCGUCGAUGAAUUAUGGUUCCACUAACUAAACAAUGGCGCCGUCUGUGGGAAUCAAAAUCUGAUUCCCGCAAAUCUUCACGUUCAAAUCUCUAUUUCUUGAUCUCCUCAAUUAGACCUCCUUCGACCUAGAAAUCCAAAUCUCCUAUCAGAGUUUUAGAUCUCCAUUUCUCGAUCUCCUUGAUCAGAUCUCCUUCGACCUGGAAAUUUGAAUCUCUUUCCUCAAAACUUUAGAUCCUCGUUUGUUGAUCUUCCUCCUCGAAUUUAACCUUAUUUACAACAGAUCUUCAGAUUCAUCAACAAUGGUGACAU